AUGGCUGUAGUGAUCACCUCCAUGACUGCCAGACUUGCAACCAAGCUAUCUCUCAAGAAAGGAGAAGAACCAGUGGAUUUGGGGAAUCUUAGGGUUCCGGGGAAGGAGUUUUUGGUUCGCAAUUUCUAUUUGGUUGGGAGGCUUAACACUUGCAGGGCGGUGGUGCUGGAUUCGUUCCGCAGUGCUGUAAGAUCGAUGUGGAGGUUAACGGGGACCGUGGAAGUCCAGCCAAGGGGAGAACGAUUUAUGUUUACUUUCACCCAUGAAAGGGAUGUUGCUCAUGUGAAGAACGGAGGUCUAUGGGGUUUUCAGCGAGCCAUGCUUUUCCUGAAUUAUUAUGAUGGUUUCUCGAAGAUUUCUUCUGUGAAGUUGGACUCUGUUUGGAUCUGGGUUACGUUGAAGGGCAUACCUUCGGGCAUAUUGACUGAACCCACUGUCCAGUUGGUUGGUGGGACAAUUGGUGAGGUUCUGGAGGUGGAUCGCAUGGCGUUGCAUAGGGGAGAUGCACGAGUCCCGCUUGUUCUCUCUAUCCAUGAUCCGGUGCAUUUUGACCGUAGGGUUAGGGUUUCUUCUGUUGAUGUCUUAAUCCUAAGAUUCGAGUAUGAAAGGCACCUAGGGCGUUGUCACUCCUGUGCUAUGCUAAACCAUGGUGGCCAGCAUUGCCCUAGGGUGGAUGACUCAGAGGUUGAUUCUGUGGUGGAGAUGGAUUCGUAG